CCGGUCGGGCUCGAGAGGGGAUCCGCGCCGCCAGUCUAGUGCAGUCUCCGGCACAGCACAUCGGGCUCACAGCAUCCUUCCUGGGGGCUUCGGAAGUGGGGUCACUCUGCAGUCCCAAAGACCUGGGAGGAAUACUCGGUACCCCAGGGGCCAGGGCCCUGGGGCGCACACCCUGCCCAGGCGGAGCCUGCAUUUCCCGAGCCGGGAUCUGGAGCGAGAUGGCCGCAGGCGGCUGGGCGCCCGAACCCCGCGUCCUCCUCUAUCUUGGGGCGCUCCUGGCCCACUGGGUCGCCGCAGGAUUGGAAGAUGUCGUCAUUGGAGAAGUUCACGAGAAUGCGACCCUGCACUGUGGCAACGUCUCAGGACCGAGGGGGAUGGUGACCUGGUACCGGAAUGACUCGGAGCCUGUCCUCCUCCUCUCCUCCAACUCUAGCCUCCCGCCAGCCGAGCCUCGCUUUUCUCUAGUGAAUGGCAGCUCCCUCCACAUUGAGGCCCUGAGCCUGCAGGAUGAAGGGAACUACACCUGCCAGGAGAUCCUGACUGUGACCCGGUGGUUCCGGGUGUGGCUGCGGAUGGCCAGCGGCCCUUACCAGCUUGAGGUCAACAUCUCCAGCACCGGCAUACUCCCCAAUGGCACCCUCUAUGCAGCCAAGGGCUCCCAGGUGGAUUUUAGUUGCAACAGCACCUCUUGGCCUCCACCCAUGGUCGAAUGGUGGUUCCAGAGUUCUACCUAUGAGCCCUUGGGAAACAACCUGACCGUCAACUGCUUUGCACUGCUGCAAAUGUCGCAAAACCUCCAAGGGAACUACAGUUGCCUGGCCAUGAACAUGCUCAGCGGCAGACAUCGAAAGGUGACCACCGAGCUCCUCGUCUACUCUCCCCCUCCAUCAGCUCUCCAGUGCUGGGCAGAGAUGCCAUCAGGAUCGUUCCUGCUGCAGCUCACCUGUCGCUGGGAUGGAGGCUACCCUGACCCCGACUUCCUGUGGACAGAAGAGCCAGGAGGUGUGAUCGUGGGGAAGUCAAAGCUGGGGGUGGAAGUGCUGAACCAGUCGCAGCUGUCAGAUGGCAAGAAGUUCAAGUGCGUUGGGAGCCACAUCGUGGGACCCAAGUCGGGGGUCAGCUGUGUGGUCCAGAUCAGAAGGCCCUCUCUUCUCUCUGAGCCUAUGAAGACUUGCUUUGUGGGGGGCAACGUGACAUUCACCUGCCAAGUGUCUGGAGCCUACCCAUCUGCCAGGAUCCUGUGGCUGAGGAACCUCACCCAGCCCGAGGUGGUCAUCCAGCCCAGCAGCCACUAUGUCAUUGCCCAGAAUGGCCUGACCUCCACCCUUACCAUCCACAACUGCUCCCAGGACCUGGAUGAAGGCUACUACGUGUGCAGGGCUGAGAACUCCGUGGGGGUAAGGGAGGUGGACAUCUGGCUGAGCGUGAAGGAACCUUUGAACAUCGGAGGAAUUGUGGGGACCAUCGUGAGCCUCUUGCUGCUGGGACUGGUCAUUGUCCUAGGGCUUAUGUUGUAUUACAGCCCCGUGUUCUGCUGGAAAGUAGGAAAUACUUUCAGGAGACAAGACAUGGGUGAUGUCAUGGUUUUGGUGGAUUCAGAGGAGGAAGAAGAGGAAGAAGAGGAGGAACAUGCUGCAGUGGAGGAGGAGGAGGAAGCAAAUGAGACAGAAGAGUUGCCCAAAGAAAGACACAAGCAUGGACAUGUUCAUAGAGUGACUGCACUAGUGAACGGGGACUUAGAGCGGAUGGGGAAUGGACUCCAGGAUCUGCAAGAUGACAGCACUGAGCAGCAGAGUGACAUCACUGAAGAAGACAGGCCAGUUUGAAGAGGCUUGUCCAUCAUUAUCUCGCCUUGAAAGCCUGGAAAGCGACACUGAAGAUGACUUCUUCACUCGGCUUUGACUUGACCCACGCCCCUACGUGGAGGCUUGCAUCAGCAACAAUAGGGUCUCUCAGCAAAACCCUAACACACCUUUCCUUCCAUUUUGAAAAAAAAGUGGUUCAAUUUGCUGUAAGUUUUCUUAAUGAUGUAAAAAAGCUUUGGGAAGGGUCAGUUUGUGUGGGAAAACCACAGCUGUCAUCUGAGGUACCAUUUCUGUUGUGACUUCUGGUUGAUGGUGAUCUAGAGGGAGCAGGGGUCAGGGGAAGCACUUGGUCUCUGGCUGUUCUUUGUCACAAUUACAGGUUCAUAACCAGCUUGCUCCAGCACACCGGGAACGUCGUGGGGUGAUAGGAAAACGCCUAUUGCUGCCCAUGUGAGCUCGUGACUAAGGAACCAGCAAAUGUCACCUCUCUGGAAAAGCUGAACUUUUCAGCCACCCGUGCAAGUCAGGGGAAGGCAGUCUGGUUUGGACUUUGGAGUCAGAAACACUGGGCUUGAAUCGGGGCCCUGCUACUUUUUUGCCUCAUGGGCUUGGCCAUGUUGCUUGACCUCUUCUUGGGCCUCAAUUUCCUCAUCUGUUAAAUAGGUGAAGUCGUACCUUCCCUCCAGGUUUGUGGUGAGGAUUAAAUGAGGUACCUUGGGAUGUAAAAGUUCCUAGGAGGUGCUCAAUAGAUGUUAGUUAUCUUUGCCCUUAAUGUCUGUUUGUUUUUGUUAUAAAGAUGUAUGUGCUUGCCCAAGAGAGACAGAUUGGUGUGGGGUGCGAUAAGAAAGUAUCUCCUCAGGGGGAUAGCCAUGCCUUAGUACUUUCUUCUCUAUUCUUUCCUCUUGGAAUUUUGGGUAUGCAUACACAUGUACCUGGCAUGUUUUUCAAACCUCCAGGUCCAGGACUCGAACUGUUCAGUUAGCCAGGUGGGAUGCAGCCACCUUAACCACCAAGCCACCAUUGACCCUCUUUGCUUUUUCAAGUGGAAGAAAAAAAUGUUAACUAUAAGUUAAGAGCUGCUGUCUAUGCCUAUCAUUCUUACAGAAUGGUUUCAGACAAGGUCAUUAUCUGAGUGCUCUUGAUUUUUGAUGUUUGUUUCUCUGGAGAUCUAAUUCUUUUCAAAAGCGGUAGGGGUUAGGAAGAGAAAGUGCCUUUCAUUAUAGCUUCAUAUUUCACAGAUUCAUAUUUAUAUAUAAGCCUCCUAGGUAAUGCACUAUACCUUUCAGAUUUUUUCAUUCUUCAUUUCUCUUGUUGCUUUGAAAGAAGAUAGGAGAAAUGUGUUGUAAUAGAGUAUCUGGUGAUAAGAACUUCUUGGGCAAACCAGUUCAUCUGGCCUCAGUUUCUCUAUGCAAAUGGGAAAACUUGUUUCCUUUCUGUUUCUUAAGAAUAUUAUGAAGAUGCACUGAUCAUUAAUACUAAGUUUCAAGCGAAAAUUAUGCCUGAUGAGUUUAGGCUGUUUGUGCUCCCAGUAGAUCUUGUACAAUCUUUUUUAAUUUGCUAUAAUGUUGAUGCACUCACAGGAGAGUGAGAGAGAAAGCAUCCAUCCAAGGGAAUGGC